AUGGAAAAAGGUGAAUUUUUUCGUUUGAAUAAAGAAUUAGAAAAAAAUGAUAGUAAAUUACUCGCUAAUCCCCGUAAUUCCGCCUCCGGUAGUUUAAGAACUCUUGUUCCGCUCCAAAACAGAAAGUUACACUUUUUUGCUUACCAGUUAUUUAACUCCGCCCUAGAUAGCCAGUUCACUUGUCUAAGAGAAUUAGAAAAACUAGGGUUUGCAGUCAGCCCCGACUAUCAAUCAUGCAAAGGAAUCGAGAAAACUAAAGAAUUUAUCCAAAAGCAUGAACCAAAAAGAUUAAAUUUAGAUUUUGAAAGCGAUGGAAUCGUCGUGAAAGUAAACAAUUAUGAUUUUUAUCCAUCAUUAGGACAAACCAGCCAAGUAAGUCGCAAUGGGCGAAUAACCUACGUUGCUGAAAUAAAACCAGUAACAUUACAGGGAAGCACAAUCAGCAAAGUAACCCUACACAACUAUUCAUUUAUUCGCAAUUUAAAACUAAAUAUCGGCGAUAAAGUAGCAAUAAAAAAAGCCGGUGAUGUUAUUCCCCAAAUAAUUCAACUAAUCAAACUAACAGAGAAUAUUUGGUUGCCACCUAACGCUUAUAUUAAAGGACUUAGCCAAAAAAAUAUUGAAAAACUUUAUCAAAACAGCCUCAUAAAAAAACCAAUUGACUUUUAUCAAUUAGACCAAAAAAGAGAAGAAUUACUAAAACUUGAAGGUUUUCAAAAAAAAAGCAUUGAUAAUAUUUUAUCUUCGAUCGAAAAUUCCAAAAAAAAACCUUUAACUAAUUUAUUAAUAGCUUUAGGAAUUCCACUACUAAGUUCGGUUAAAGCCAAAAAGUUAAGUAUUUUUUAUCCUAAUUUAGCAAGUAUUCGCACUAUAAUAGAAAACAAUGAAUGA